AUGGCACAUUCAUAUAUCUCUAUCUUGUUUUUGAUAGUUUCUCUCAUCUUCAUGUUAACAAGCGUGAGAGCCGAUCUGAUAAACGAUGUUUGUUCAAAAACACAAAAACCCACUAUAUGUUUAUCGGCUCUAAAAGGGGAUUCUCGAUCCAAAGGUGCAAAUCUUGAAGGCCUUGCGACUAUCUCAAUAGACAUAUCACUAAAGAACAUGCAAUCUACACAUGAUCUUGUUAAUACAUUACUUAAUCAGGCCACAAAUCCAAAAUUAAAGACGAGAUAUAGUUCGUGUUUGGAGAAUUACAAUGAUGGUAUUGAUGAUCUUAGAGGAUUGCCUGCUCUUUUAAAAUCUAAAGACUAUGUUGGUUUGAAUAUUCAUGCAUCUGCUGCUUUGGAUGAUCCUUCUACGUGUGAUGACAAUUUUUCAGAUCCACCUGCUGAAUCACCCCAAUUGAAAGCUGCUAGUGACAAGCUUCAAGGAAUUAUUGAUAUAAUUUUGGUUAUUAGCAACCUACUGAAAGGAUAA